AAAAGGAAUUACAGAAGCCCUAAAAAUUAGUAGCAAGUAGCAACGUCUUGACUCACCAACGAAUCAACCUGUGAAAUUGGAAAAUGGCUUCUCUUCCUCUUCUCCGCCCCUCCCUCCUCCACACCCGCAACCCCUCUUCCACCACCACCGCCCUAACCCUCAAACCCAGACCCACUCUCCUCCGCUUCUCACCUCUCCACCCGCCAUCCAACCGCCGCAGCAACAACCACCUCACAGUCCGCAUGUCCAACUCCUCCUCCACCUCCCCUCCCGCAGUAGAACGCCUAAUCUCCGUCGCCGCCUACACUCUCCCCUUCUUCAACUCCCUCCAAUACGGCCGCUACCUCCUCUCCCAAUACCCCAACCUCGCCGUCCUCCUCGACCCCCUCAUCCCCUUCCUCUCCUUCUACCGCUCCCUCCCUUACGCCUCCUUCAUCGCCUUCUUCGCUCUCUACCUCGGCAUCGUCAGAAACCCUAGCUUCCCUCGAUUCGUCAGGUUCAACGCGAUGCAAGCCGUCACGCUCGACGUGCUCCUCGUCUUGCCGCUACUCCUCCACCGGAUCUUCACUCCGGGUCGGGCCGGGCUAGGGUUUCGGAUCAUGGUUUGGUCCCACAACGCCAUCUUCAUCUUCAGCGUGCUCUGCUUCCUCUACAGUGCUGCUUCCAGUGUUCUUGGCCGCACGCCUUACUUGCCUUUCGUUGCCGACGCUGCUUCUAGGCAAAUCUGAUUGUAAUUUUGAUAUGUGUGUUUGGAUUUCCAUAUUUCAUUUUGUAAAAGCGCUUUUUUCUGUAAUCUACUGUGAGACAUAAUUUCAUUUGAAAAUAACUUUAACAGAAAACCAAACACGUUAUUACUUGUUGUGCAAUCAGCAAUUUGUGUUGCUUUCUUUCA